AUGUGGCCUUCAAUAAUUGUCCCUACUCCAAGUUCUUGUGUACAAGAAAGACCUCGUCAUCAUAUAAAAAAGUUGUGGGGCCCUUUUUGUUGUUGGGUUGCAAUGAGAAGGAAAAGAAGAAAACAAAAUAAUUUAAAAAAACGUCCUUAUUUUCCCUUAGAGGGGAAUAAUCAAAAUAAUUAUCAAUUAUUUGGUAUUCCAAUUCAUUCCCCAACAGAAUAUUAUUUAUUUCUGGAAAAAUAUUUUAAUUGGGGACAACAACAAAAUGAGAUUGGAAGGAGAGAGUUGGAGAGGAAUAAAAUGAGUAAAAAAUCUUUCAUUGAUGGUUCUUCUAAUUCCUCAAGUUUUAACGAAAAUUGGGAUUGUUGUACCUGUCCUGGAAAGCCUUCAACUUCAACGGACUUCCAACCUUCGAUUUGUGGGCAAUUAACUGUUUCAAUACGUAAAAAGUUUGGUCAACCUUUGGGGCUUGGAAUUGCCGGAGGUUCUGACAGACCAAUGCCACCAACAAUUUCCUAUCUAAAACCGGGAUUUGUUGCACAACGUUGUGAUCAAAUUCAAGUUGGUGACAGACUUUUAGAAGUAAAUGGAAUUAAAGUAAAUAAAGGAUUGACUCAUUCAAAAGUUUUGUCUCUUUUACGUGGAAAUAAUUUAUUAGAAUUAAAAUUAGAAUAUGAUUUAAAUGAACAACAAAGAGAAGAACUUUUACUUAAUAGAAAGGAAGGAAUAAUUACAAAAACAGCAGAAAUCGAAUUAAGGGAUCAAAUGUCGGGCUUUUGGACCAGAUUUAAACAAAAAUAA